AUGACCUGGUGCUGGCAUCCGCACAAUCAUCCAAUUACCCGUGCUGGGGUCAGAGAAGAGGACUAUCGAUGCUGUUGUAAUGUGUUGACAAUCAAGAAAGGUUUCACCAUCUUCAUCAUCCUCGAUGUGAUCUGUCUCAUUCUGUCCAUCAUCGGUUUCUUCCUUGAUGACGAUCGUUUCAGAACUUGGGCGGGUCCGUUAGGCAUUCUGGGCAUCGUGAUGAUCAUCAUCGCCGUCCUUGCCAUCACCACACUGAAACCGGUUUUCAUGCAAAUCUAUGGGAUCGUUUUUCUUGUUCAAUUCGUUUGUUCCGUUCUUAUCGCUGGAUUCAUCGUCAUGAUCUUUGCUUUUACUGGAUUUGGAAUGACCUUUGUCCGAUACACUAACGAUGAACGCGAACGUGAGACUCGCGUUGUGGCGACUUGGGUGGCUAUUGUGACAAUGGCUUUCUUCAUCGUCUACAUCGCUGUCCUUAUCUGGCGUGCUGUCAUCACCUACAGAUUCUAUCAAUACGUCAGGGAUCGCCAAUUGAGCAUCGAACAAGAAGCUCACCCAAUCGCUUACACAACCGUUCAUCCAACCGGCUAUCAUCACCAUGUGGACACCACCCCACCAACCACUCUUCCCUAUCAUCACACGACUGUCAUCGAAACCAAA